CCCCCCUCCUCCUCCUCCUUCUCCUCUUCCCUCUCCUUUUACCCUCUCUGAGUCCUGCUCUUCGAUUCCCUCUAUUGUUUCCCGUCUUGCUACUAUCCUUCUGUAUCCCCCUCUCCUCACCCCACACAUCCAUCUCCCGCAGCCUUUCUACGCUGCUACCCGGGCAUCUCUUUUCCAGACCCGGGCAGGGUGGGGGGGAAAGGCAGUGUCUGUGAUGAUCCCUUACCAGUUCCAAAACAAUCAGACAGACUGAAAUUGCACACACUAUCUGCUCCUCUGUCCACCGCCUCUUCAUUGAAUUGCCUUUGAACCGGCGAGACGGAAUCUUUCCCUGUAUCCUCCAAUCUUGGAAGCAGCCCUCUGAAGGAUUCAGGCCAGCAGCUGGAAGCGAUCGCGCCCCACCUGUGAGCUUCUAUCUCCAGCUUCUAGGACCUUCAGUUGCAUUCCAGCUACAUGGGAAAACGUUUGGAGCAGCAGCCAAUGUACCCCCACUACACCUACUACUAUCCCCACUAUCUCCAGACGAAGCAGUCCUAUGCUCCUGCGCCUCCACCCAUGGCUCCACCCAGCCCUAGCACUACGGGAGGAGGUGGUGGAGGUCAAGGAGGAGGGCUAGUGGAGCAACUCAGUAAAACCAACCUGUACAUCCGAGGGCUGCCGCCUGGCACCACCGACCAGGACCUUAUCAAACUCUGCCAGCCAUAUGGGAAGAUUGUGUCAACAAAGGCGAUCUUGGACAAAAAUACCAAUCAGUGCAAAGGUUAUGGUUUUGUGGAUUUCGACAGUCCUGCAGCAGCCCAGAAGGCCGUAGCUUCUCUCAAAGCCAAUGGAGUCCAAGCACAGAUGGCGAAACAACAGGAGCAGGACCCCACCAACCUCUACAUAUCCAACUUGCCGGUGUCCAUGGACGAGCAGGAGCUGGAGAACAUGCUGAAACCCUUUGGUCAUGUGAUCUCAACAAGAAUACUGAGGGAUGCCAAUGGACUGAGCAGAGGAGUCGGCUUCGCCAGGAUGGAGUCCACAGAGAAGUGUGAUGUGGUGAUUCAAAACUUCAAUGGGAAAUUUUUGAAAACUCCUCCAGGCAUGACAGCUCCUGCAGAGCCCUUGCUGUGCAAGUUUGCUGACGGAGGCCAGAAGAAGAGGCAAACCCAGGUGAAAUAUCCUCAAAACGGUCGACCGUGGACACGAGAAGGAGAGAGUGGCAUGGCUUUAACGUAUGAUCCCACAGUGGUGCAGAAUGGGUUCUACUCCUCACCAUAUAGCAUCUCCACCAAUCGGAUGAUUGCUCAAACAUCAAUCACGCCCUUCAUUGCCGCCUCUCCCGUUUCCACAUAUCAGGUUCAAAGUACAUCUUGGAUGCCACAUCAACAGUAUGUUAUGCAACCUACAGGUGCUGUGAUCACUCCAGCUGCAGCCAUUGAGCCCAGUUUGUCCCUCCAUCCCUCCAGUGUAAUGACUCCCCUCACCCAGCAGAUGAACCACCUCUCGUUGGGCCCCACAGGCACUUUCAUGUCUGCCGCAGUGGCUCCUAUGCAAGGCACCUACAUUCCUCAGUACUCUGCAGUGCCUGCCUCUGCCAUCACAGUGGAUGGUGUGGUGACAGACCCAUCUUCACAGACCACUGCCCCCUCAUCACAAGAUGCCAGCGGGCAGCAGUCUUUAUCAGUGGAGACUACAGUAGAUCAUGCUGCAGCCUACUCAUACCAGCAGACUAAGUAACAAGAGUGGAAGGAAUCAUUGCAACGUUGCCUUCUGAAGGACUGCAUGAUAGCCGUAGUGACAGAAAAUCAAAAUGACAGACGAUAAAAAUCACAGAGAGGAUGCGGACAACAAUGAAAGCCUCUGUGCAAAGGCAGCGAGCAAAAGACAAAGUCAAGAAAAGAAAACAAAAAUCCUCUGAACUUGGUUGAAAAAGAUAAAAAAAGAAAAGAAAAAAACAAGCGAUUGUUGAACUUAAGGACCUCAACUUUGAUUUGAUCUUUUUUUUCACCUUGAGACUGGACUUUGGUUCAAAAGGAAAAAAGAGACUCAGAAUUGAACCCACCACACAAAAAAAAACAAAACAUUUGAAUGUGCAGGAACAUUUUCUGACUUUUUUUUACAGAAAACAAAAAGGAAGUGAAGUCUCGGAGUAAACAGGCUGUCUUCCUUUGAUAUUAAGCUACAUUUAUGUUCCUUUUUUUAUCAUUUGAUUAGUUUUUUAGAAUGUCAAUGUUUGGUGAAUCUUUAUUGCCUUAAUUUUCUCAAAUUUUGGGGAAAAAAAAAAGUUUCCAUUGCGUUGGAUUUCUGAAAAACAAACCUAGUGGGAAUGAUUUAAGAUGUUUUUAAAGUUUCCGAGAGCCUCUGAGAUGAAAUCUACAAAGCUAUCUGUACAGGAUUAAAAAAAUAAAAAUAAAUACUAUUUGUAGGAUGUUGAUUUUAAAGCUAUAUGGUGCAGGUCAUAUGAAUAUGAAAGCUCUGUAAUGUGAUUCAUAAAGGAGGGUCAAGCCACUGCUCCAAGGAAAAUGCAGUUUGAGAUGAUUGUGAGAUAAAAAACGGUUUCUACACCAUAUUUGACUUUUUUGUUCCCUAUUAUUUUGUGUGGUUAUUUUUUAAGUAUUUGCUUUGCACGCUUGGCUUGUCUUUCUGAUUAAAGAAGAAAAUAAAUAUCGCCUUUGUCAAAAAGCUAAUAAAAAAGUUUAACUUUCUAGAUGUGAAGAAAGCAAUAGUUUUAGUCAAACUGUUGACAUGUUUCAUGAGUUUUUUUGCUACGACCGUUGUCGUAUUUGUUAGCUCCAAUCCCGGACGAGACCCCAAUUAUGCACAAAGGUGCAUAACAUUUUUCUCAACUGCUGAGUUAACGCAGCCUGCAGGUGGAGUAUUUUAUACCAAAGAUAAAGAAAAGUGGUAAAGAUCUUCCUUUUUUUACAUCUCUAAAGCUUGGGGUGUUUUGUUGCUCGACGUGCCGUUUGUGUGUGUGAAAUGCUUCUUCAACGGACCAGAAAACGCAGUUGUCUGAACCAGACGGGUGAUCAAAUGUGAUGAUAAUCCCCGAAAGAAAACGGGUCCACAUCUCGGUGAAGAUUGGUCUUAGCUUUUGCUCUUUUAUGUUUGUAUCGACCUUAAUUUUGAAGUGUUCUUGACUGCUCUUAAAUUAAGCAACUGAAGUAAUGUGGCUGCCCUGAAAAACACCAGCCACCAAGAAAGGGCUUCUCUAAAACGAACCGUUUCAGCUCAUAUGUCUCUCCCCAGAAGAUUUAUUCUCUUCUUUUUUUUUUUUUUUUUGAGAAUUGAUUAUAAUGUAUAAGCUGCUAAUCACUUUUCACUUUGGGGGCACUGGUUGUCUUGAGAUGAGUGUUUUUACAUCUUCUUGUCUCAAAAAUAAAACAGAAGACAGAAGAGAGAAAAAAA